GUCUGCAUACUGCAUUCAAGCGUGCAACAUACGAGUGUAUCUCUCUCUUUUUCUCGCAUAGCAACAACCUACAUCUGUCUCUUUCGCCAUUGACUGACCAGCCGUUCUCGCCAAUGUUUCCUUAGUUUAUUUUUGGGAACCGACACAACACAUACGUAUUUAUAACAAAAUGUGUAAAUAGUUUAUUUCGUAGUAAAAUGAGUUUAUUGUAGAGUUCUGCGCCUGCGCAUGUUUUUCACGUAGAAUUGAGGUUAAGUGUAUUCGUUGAAAGUUUUUUUUUUGUGAUAAAGUGAAAAUGAGUACCGAUAUCAAUUUGGACGAUAUUUUGCAAAAGUUAGGGCCCUUCGGAAGGUACAAUAUAGUGAACUAUGCCCUGCUUCUGUUCCCCAUAUACCUGGCGGGCAUGUACGGAUCAGUUUUCGUCUUUGAAGCCCCUGAUAUUAGUUAUAGAUGUCAUAUUUCCGAAUGCGAGAACCUAAAUCAUACCGAUUGGCUCGAGUACGCCAUACCCAAAGAGAAAGGUGAAAUAUCAAAGUGCAAAAGAUUUCAAUUUCGUGAUAACAUCUCGAGAGAUGUGUGCAAUAAAAAUGAGUUUGAAACGACGAUGGCAGUGGAAUGUACUGAAUUUGUGUAUAGCGAUGAAGACUCGGCUGUGAAAGAUUUCGAUCUGGGCUGCGAUUGGAGGAGAACGCUUAUUGGGUCCAUACAUAACGCAGGGUUAUUUAUUGCCCUACCCCUCACCGGAUUCAUAUCUGAUAAAUAUGGGAGGAAAAUCGCUUUGUCAGUCGCUACUCUUAUGAACGGUGUCUUCGGAGUGCUGAGAUCGUUUUCGACAAGUUACAUAAUGAUGCUAAUUUUUGAGUUUCUGGAAACCGCUUUGGGCGGUGGAGUUAAUAGCACAGCCUUUGUUUUCGCAAUGGAACUGGUGCAUCCGAAGGGCAGAGUCUUUGGAAACCUGAUUCUGAACAGCGUUGCCGUCGUUGGCGCAGGAACACUGGCGUUGCUGGCUUGGCAACUACAAAACUGGAGAGUACUAAUAAGGGUCAUAUACGCACCAGCCCUUCUAGGUAUAGCGUACCUCUGGGUGAUGAACGAAAGCCCUCGAUGGCUAAUAAGCAAAGGUCGGAAGGACGAAGCGAUGGAAAUACUGAAAAAAGCAGCUAAAAUGAACAAAGUUAACAUAUCAGAUGAAACCUUGAGUCCAUUGAAUGCGGUUGGUAAAUCAGAAGAAAAUGAGGAAGCAACCCCAACUCCUGCUCUUGAGAAAAAUGAGAAAGGAGCGUAUAUAUUGGUGAAAGCCUUAAAAUCAAAUAUCAUUAGGAACAGACUAAUCAUAUGCUCCGUUUUAUGGGUCACAUGCACUUUUGUGUACUACGGAUUGGCUAUUAACUCUGUAUCGCUGGCUGGAAACCAAUACUUGAAUUUCGCUUUAGUCGCUUUUGUGGAGAUACCUUCAACAUUCAUAGGGUUACUGGUGCUGGACAAAUUCGGAAGAAAAAGAGUAUUGAUAGCAACUUAUCUGUUGAGUGGUUGCUUAUGUAUAGGCUUAAGUUUUGUCCCUAAAGAUCUCAAAAUAGUAUCUUUACUGAUCUACCUGUUGGGCAAGUGUACUAUAACCAUCGCAUACUUCUCUGUAUACAUCUACGUGUCCGAAGUGUUUCCGACUAGCGUACGACAGUCGCUUCUCGCUGUUUGCUCCUCUUUCGGAAGAUUCGGAUCUACUUUGGCACCACUUACGCCAUUAUUGCCAAUGCGAUCGGUGAUCUUCGGAUGCUUAGCUUUCGUUGCCACCUUGUUGGUCCUCCUUCUACCGGAAACCAAAAACAUGUCUCUUCCAAAUACAAUAGAAGAAGCAGAAAGAAUAUCACAGAAGACAAGGAGAAAAUCAACAGAAAAUACUGUGGAAUGAUUGUUAAAGUAAACAAAUUGUUUACGUUAGUGCAUUUACACCAGGAAACAUUUACGCUUACUUAAGAUUAGAUUGGUGAUUAUUUAUUUAAGAAACGUAGGUAAAGCUAGAUGUACAAUUCCUACCUGAGCACAAAUUUUAAGAAAUAAACUAUUUUUGAG